AUGCUGUACUUUCUGCAUAGGCCUUUUGUGGCCUUAGCAGACACUGUUGGUGCUGCCCCAGACGAUCUCAAACUCGUCACCUCGUUCCUGAUAUCAUUCCCCCUCGCCGCUCUCCUCAAGCGAAUCCCCGACUCCAGACCAGAUCUCAAGAACCUCUUUGCCAUUAGCGUAUCAAUCUUCUACCUCGUCGGCCUCUUUGACCUAUGGGAUGGUGUCCGAACCCUCUUCAUCAGCGCAGGAGGAACAUACUGCAUCGCCAAGUUCCUUCGAACGAGUCCCUACAUGCCAUGGAUUGGCUUCGCUUUCGUCAUGGGCCACAUGUCCCUAAGUCACAUCGCUCGUCAAGCCGCCGACGACCCAACAAAGGCUGAUGUCACAGGCGCCCAGAUGGUGCUUCUCAUGAAGCUGAGUGCAUUCUGCUGGAACGUUGCUGACGGCCAACUCCCUGAGGAGUAUCUGUCUGAUUUCCAGAAGAGGAAUAUGCUCAAGGAGCUGCCUCCCAUUCUCGACUAUGCUGGCUGGGUCCUCUUCUUCCCUGCGCUCUUCGCCGGCCCGUCUUUCGACUUCACCGACUAUCGUAAAUGGCUUGACACAACCAUGUUUGACGCACCCAAUGUCGAUCCAGCAAAGAAGCCCCCUGUGAGAAAGAAGCGAAAGAUUCCUCGAAGUGGUGGUCCCGCAGCUUGGAAGGCAGCGAGUGGCCUCUUCCUUAUUGGGAUGUUCAUGGCUCUAGGUGGUUCAUACUAUCCUAGCCUGCUCACUUCUGAUAUUUAUGUCAAGUAUGGUUUCCUUCGCCGUGUCUGGAUCAUGCACAUGGUUAGCUUCACUGCACGACUCAAAUACUAUGGUGUCUGGUACCUUACAGAGGGAUCUUGCAUCCUCGCUGGCAUGGGCUACAACGGUGUUGAUCCUGUUACGGGCAAGGUCUUCUGGAACCGAUUGCAGAACAUUGAUCCCUGGGCUGUUGAGACUGCGCAGAAUCCCCGAGGAUAUCUUGGAGGCUGGAACAUCAACACGAGCAACUGGUUGAGGAACUACGUCUAUCUGCGUGUCACGCCUAGAGGCAAGAAGCCUGGUUUUCGUGCUAGUCUCAUGACCUUUGGCACAAGUGCUCUUUGGCAUGGCUUCUAUCCCGGAUACUACCUUAGCUUUGUCCUUGCAAGCUUCAUUCAGACAGCUGCAAAGCAUUACCGCCGUCAUGUUCGCCCAUUCUUCCUAGAACCCAUCACUGGUAACCCCUCGCCCAAGAAGAAGUACUACGAUUUCGUAUCUUACCUCGCCACACAACUCACCUUCACCUUUGCCACAGCACCUUUCCUAGUCCUCACACUUCAGGGCUCGCUACUAGCCUGGUCCCGCGUCUACUUCUACGCUGUCAUCUGGACCUUUUUGUCACUCGUUUUCUUCUCUUCCCCCGGAAAGGCCGCCCUGAAGCAGCAGCUCGAGAAGCGUCAGGGCCGAGCUAGCGCUAAGUUGGUGCGCUCAAUCUCAACGGACAGUCUAACGGGCAAGGAGCCCAUUUUGGGUAUUUCCAAGGAUAUCGAGGGUGACUUCAACGAGGCUGUGGAAGAAAUCAAGGCCGAGAUGGAGAUGAGACAGCGGAAGGUCAAGGCGGAGAUUGAAGCGCAUAAGGCGAAGGCCAAGACAGGCUAA